CCUGUACCUCCUGUUACACUCUAUCCCUCACCCUGUUACAAUCUUACACUCUAUCUCUCCCCUGUACCUCCUGUAACACUCUAUCCCUCCCCCGUUACACUCUUACACUCUAUCUCUGCCCUGUACCCCCUGUUACACCAUAUUCCUCCCCCUGUUAGUUACACUCUAUCCCUCCCCCUGUUACACUCUAUCCCUCCCCGUCUCUCUCACUCCCUCCCCGCCCGGUGUAGUUGGCCUCUGCUCUGCCUGUCUGUCCCGGUCUGUAUCUGCUGUAGAUGCCACAUGGAGUUGCCCGUGGGCACCGAGUGCCGGGUUCUGUCUAUACAGAGUCACGUGGUGCGGGGGUAUGUGGGUAACAAGGCUGCCGCCUUCCCUCUGCAGAUUCUGGGGCUUGAAGUGGACACUGUAAAUUCAGUCCAGUUCUGCAACCACACUGGCUACACUCACUGGAAGGGUCAGGUACUGAACGCUGAGGAGCUGCAGGAACUUUAUGAAGGUCUGAAACUGAAUCAGGUUACCAGAUAUGAUUACGUACUGACAGGUUAUAUGCGAGAUGCCUCCUUCCUGGCCCGGGUUGUUGAUAUUGUACAGGAGCUGAAACAGCAAAACCCAAAACUGGUUUACGUCUGUGAUCCAGUUCUCGGAGACAAAUGGAACGGGGAGGGAUCCAUGUAUGUCCCUGAGGAGCUGCUCCCGGUCUACAAGAAUCUGGUGGUCCCAGUUGCUGACAUCAUCACACCCAACCAGUUUGAGGCAGAGUUACUAACUGGGCGUAAGAUUCACAGCCAGGAGGAAGCUGUACAGGUUAUGGAUAUAUUGCACUCGUAUGGACCGCACACUGUAGUGAUAACCAGCUCAGACCUUCCAGCCUCUCGAGGAGCCGAGUAUCUGGUUACACUGGGAAGCCAACGGAGAGUGGAGGAAGGUGGUCAGACGCAUACCCUGCGGAUCUCCUUGGAGCUUCCUCGUGUAGACGCAGUGUUUGUGGGGACUGGUGACCUGUUUGCUUCAAUGCUACUAGCCUGGACACAUCAUCACCCCAAUAACUUCAAGCUUGCCUGUGAGAAGACCGUGUCUGCCAUGCAUCACGUUUUGCAGAGAACCAUCCGCAGUGCCCGCCUCCUUGCCGGCCCUGGGAUUAGACCUUCCUACGCCCAGCUGGAGCUCAGAAUGGUGCAGAGCAAACGGGACAUUGAGAAUCCAGAGCUGAUUGUUACUGCUAUUGUAUUAUAGGGAGAUCGCUCCCCAGUAUACCACAAAGAGAGACCCCUUGGGACAAUACACUAUGUACUGCUCCAAUUGGCUUCCAGGACUCAAACUGCCUGAGGGCGCACAUGGGCGUCUGUCCCAAUCACACACCAGCAGCUUCUGCGCACAGCAACCACACCGGUCUCUGUAGCCAGAAGGAGCAAUUGAUCCUGCAGCAAAGUGUCCAACCUGUUUAAUUAGGGGUUUUAUGGACUUGUAAAUUAGGGCCUUAAUCACAAAGUGCUGUUCACUGAAUCAGGCCCAUUGCAGAGAAUAAAUAAUGUUAUAUUAA